UGGGCGGUAUACCGGUUCGCACCGAAUACCGGUUUAUAUUUUCGUUAUGAUUUGAAUUUGUAAUAAACCGCCAUACCGGUGCAUUUGAUUACACAACGUUCGGAACGCUGUGCCGAUCGACACUGUUUCAGUCAGGACCCUUUUCACUGUUGCGCAUCUAAUCACGCAUGGUGCGACUGCGAGGGGAGGUAAACAGUGACUGGAGUGGUGUAACGUGGAGUGGAGUAACGUAACUGUGAAUGGAUAGGAUAACCAUGGAAAAUUCAGAAAUCGACGCUGCAGAACAUGCUGACACAGAAGAACUUGUGCCAAAAAAAGGAGCCGUGUCUGUUGUUUGGAAGUUUUUUGGUUUUAAAAAAUCCGACGUCGACCAAACAUCCAUUUUAUGCAAGUGUUGUCGGGCUAAAGUUGUCGCCGGAGGCGGCAACACGAGCAAUUUGCUCCACCACCUAAGCCGCAAGCAUGUCGUGGAAUAUCAAGAAUGCAUGAAGCUAAGGUCAGCACCCUCCACAUCAGCAGGUAACACGGGGAAAGCUAAAGAAAAGUCGAGCCAAAUGACACUUCGAGACGCGUUUGCUAGAGGGACUGCCUACGAUAAAAAGAGCAAACGGUGGGUCGAGAUCACAAAUUCGAUCACUAUCCACAUAGCCAAAGACAUGGUUCCGCUGAGUACUGUCGAAAAGGAAGGCUUCACGAAGAUGAUCCACACGCUGGAUCCUAGGUAUGAAAUACCGAGCAGAAAAUAUUUUAGCCAAGUAGCUAUCCCCAACUUAUACCAAAAGCACAGAGCUAAGCUGGAAACAGACCUAGCGACCGUCAAGCACUUUGCAGCAACGACAGAUAUGUGGUCCAGUCGGACUAUGGAUCCAUACCUUAGUCUUACAGUACACUUCAUAAGUGACGAGUGGGUGUUGGAAAGCCAUUGCUUGCAAACCAGUUACUUUCCUGAUGACCAUACUGGAGAGUUACUUGCAGCAGGCCUACAAGAGGCACUUGAUUCCUGGGGGCUUUCAGAACAGAAGCUAGUGGCCAUCACAACAGACAAUGGAGCCAACAUCAAGAAGGCCAUCGAGCUGAACCAUUGGACAAGACUCCAGUGCUUUGGUCACAGGCUUCACCUAGCCAUAGAGAGAGGUGUGAAAGACGACCGCAUUCAACGAGCAGUAGGUGUCUGCAAAAAAAUUGUGUCAGCCUUCUCAUACUCGUGGAAGAAAAGGAGGGACCUGGCCAUGGUUCAGAAUGAUCUGGGCCUUCCAAAGCAUGUGCUCACAACUGAGACGCCUACCAGGUGGGGAUCACGUCAAAUGAUGAUUCAAAGAGUACUUGAACAAGAGAGGGCCAUUAGUCAGGUUCUAAAAGAUGACAAAAAAUCAAGGCACUUGGUCCUUCACUGGCAAGAUGUGGAUGUCCUAGAGGCUGUCAACAAGGUGUUGAGCCCACUCCAGGACUUUACAGAUGCCUUGUCAGGAGAGAAAUAUGUCAGUGUCUCCUACCUCAAGCCAGUGCUCAGUCUCUUCAACACAUCCAUUCUGGCAGAGGAAGAGAGUGAUAAUCAGCUGACGAAGGAUGUGAAGAGAAACAUUCUUGCCUACUUGAAUGAAAACUAUGCUGAUGAGGACACAGAUGACCUGCUUGACAUUGCGUCUCUUCUCGAUCCACGGUUUAGAACCAAGUAUAUGGACAAAGAAAAGGUGGCGCAGGUUCUAUGCAGAGCAACCAGAGAAAUAGUGUCACUAGUACAGGCUCAACAGGACACUCUCUCAGGGGCUGCUGGGGCAGCAGCAGCAACAGCAGAGGCAGAGCCUGUUCCUGCUCCUGAGGAAAAAAGAAAAAAGACUUUGGCCAGCUUUUUCAAAAGGCAGAGCACCAGCACCACCAGCAGCAGCAGCAGCACUGUGUCAGAAGAGGAAAGCGUUAAAAUGGAGCUGACCGUCUACUUACAGACCACAGAGGUUGACAGUGAUGCAGACCCGCUGGACUGGUGGAGAUGCCAUCAGACAAAUUUCCCUCGGAUUGCCAAGCUUGCUCGGCAGUAUUUAUGCAUCCCUGCCACCAGUGCUCCAUCUGAGAGAGUGUUUAGCACUGGUGGCAAUAUUGUCACUUGCCACAGGGCUGCACUCAAACCAGAUGCUGUGGACCGUCUGGUUUUCCUGGCUCAAAAUUUGUAAAUGCUGAAAUGUGUGAUUAUUGUUUGCAUUAUACAGGAUAAUCCUGUGAGCUAAGUUGUACUAUAUAUUUAUUUUAUAUGUUCAAUACUGGUUUUGAAGCAAUACUUUUGAAGAAAGUUAUAACUUAUGCAAGUUGCAUCAUUUUAUUUGACUAUUUUAUUUGUUUGACGUCCUCAAAGCAAUUCAAGUCAAUUCUUUUCUAAUUUACUUGAAUACAGUACCUGGGAACCAAUGCAAGUUGCACACCUUUUUGUAUUUAUUAUGCCAGUUACCUUUGCACGCUGUUCAGUUCACUUUGUUUUACUAUUUAUUUGAAUGUGAAUAUACCUCAAACAUAAUACAGAAGUAUAAUUAUUUUAAGUUGCACAAUUGUUUUGUAUUGAUUUUUUAUAAAGAUGUUUGAAAUUUGCACAGUAAAAGUUCUCUAUUUUGACUGCAA